CUGAACGUUCCUCCGUGGUCGCUUGCAAAAACUUAAGUGAUCCUGCCACUUUGUUCCAGACAGCUUCCAACGAAGGGCACGAGGAAAGUUUUGGAGAAUGAAGAGCUCGGGGGUGAAGCAUGAGCUGCCCGCGUGUUCCUUCUAAACUCGCCUUUCUAAUGCUUCUAUGGAAGUGUGUAAGUGUGAGCCUGCACUGCUGGGGUUUCGCCGCCGCCACUUGGAGCGAUGCCGCCGGUCCCUUCGGGUGGCUCCUGUCAGAUAAAGGGCCUUUUCACCGCUCGCAGGAAUUCGCCGAGUUCGUGGAGCGCUACCAGCAGGGAUUUAGCACCAAGUACAAGAUUUACAGGGAGUUUGGUCGCUGGAAGGUCAACAACCUGGCACUUGAGAGGCUGGAAAAUAAUGGCAUCACCCUACCUCUUGACCCCGAGUUUAUGCAAAGCAUCAGACUCCUCGGUCGAAGGCCAAGCAUUCAGAAAAUUACUGAAACCAUUAUCAAAAAAUAUGGCACACAUUUUCUCUUGUCAGCCACACUGGGAGGUGAGGAGUCUCUGACUAUCUUUGUGGAUAAGAGGAAGCUGAGUAGGACAGUGGAUGUGGACGACUCAAAUGGCACAGCAGUGACCCUGGAGACGUUGCACCAGCUGGCAGCCUCCUACUUUAUCGACAGGGAAAGUACACUGAGGAAGCUACACCAGCUCCAGAUAGCCUCCACUGCAAUUAAGGUGACAGAAACCAGGACAGGCCCGCUUGGGUGCAGUAACUAUGACAACCUUGAUUCUGUCAGCUCUGUUCUGGUUCAAAGUCCCGAAAACAAGAUUUAUUUACAAGGACUGCAGAUGAUUUUGCCCGAAUACCUAAGGCACCGGUUUGUGCUAGCAGCCCUCAGCUAUGUGGCUUGUAACUCUGAAGGGGAGUUUGUUUGCAAAGAGAAUGACUGCUGGUGCCAGUGUAGCGACAGCCACCCCCAUUGCAACUGCCCCACGGUGGACCUCCGCGCCAUGGAGGAGAACUUGGUCCACAUCAGGAAUACGUAUGCUGCCGCCAGCCAGGAAUUUGAAGAAUCAGAUGAAUUUCAAAACUUUGUGAGGAGACUACCAACAUUUUAUGCUUUGAACACCUCUGCCAUUCAGUACUUCUGGAGAAUGGACACUGGUGUUCAUUUGCGGUACCGGCAGCUGGAGAUGAAUACAAAUCUGCUCCUCAGUAAAGCACACAAGAUCGCAAACAAGCUAUUCACCCUCAGCAAGAGAUGUGACACUCAGCCCAAAAUAGUCAUGCCGAAGGAGAGACUUUUCAGCUACUGGCUGAACUAUAUCCUGUCCAUCAUGUACUGCAGUGAGAAUAAUCACAUUGGAACCUACAUGGAAGAGACACGCAGUUGUUCCUGUCCAUAUGAGAACCCAACCUGCCAAAGUGUCAUCCCAUGUGCAGUCGGAGAUGGUGCGCUGUGUGCCUCUUGCUCUUACGAGAACAGGACACGAUGUGGCAGCUGCAACCCGGGGCACAUGCUCAGCCAGGGCAUUUGCAGGCAUGAGGUCCCAGACUCCACAGACCACUACAUUAGCUUUGAGACAGACCUUCAAGACUUGGAGAUGAGGUACCUGCUCCAGAAGCGCGACAGCCGAAUUGCUGUGCAUGCAGUCUUCAUCAGUAACGAUGUGAGGCUAAAUACUUGGUUUGAUCCCUCGUGGAGGAAGAGGAUGUUGCUUACACUGAAGAGCAACAAGUUCAAGUCCAAUCAUGUCCACAUGCUGCUUGGGAUCUCAUUUCAGAUCUGCCUGACCAAGAACAGUACUUUAGAGCCAAUGUUAUCGGUAUAUAUCAACCCAUUUGGGGGAAGUCACUCAGAGAGCUGGAUAAUGCCCAUUGAUCAAAAUGGCUACCCAGACUGGGAAAGGACUAAAUUAGAUAUACCUCUUGACUGUUACAACUGGACCUUGACUUUGGGCAAUAAAUGGAAAACAUUUUUUGAAACAGUUCACUUCUACCUACGAAGCCGUGUUAAGGUGACGUCUGUUUUCGAAAACAGCACAGUCUAUUUCGAGCCACUGGACUUUAUGGACGCAUCCAAAAACCUUGGCUACAUGAAAAUAAACAGUAUGCAAGUGUUUGGCUACAGUGUGCACUUUGACCCAGAAGCAAUUCAGGACUUGAUUCUGCAGCUGGACUAUCCUUACACUCAGGGAUCAAGAGACUCUGCACUGCUCCAGUUGGUAGAGAUCCGAGAUCGUGUCAACAGGCUUUCUCCACCUGGACCACAGCUGCUUGACUUAUUCUCGUGCUUGCUUCGCCACAGACUAAAGCUGUCUGCUACUGAAGUUGUCAGAAUACUAGCCGCAUUGCAGGCUUUUAGUGCCAAACAACCAAACUCUGUGGAAUACGAAACAACCAAAUUAUGUGGUUAAUCAGAAACAGAGAGUUUGUUCAUCACACACCUUUUGGAUCCAGAAGUAUUUAUGGGAAAUCUUCGGUGUGGUUUUUAACUUGGAAUGCUGUUGCUUUUGAAAAGGAGAAUAAUUUGACAAAAAAGAAUCAAGUAGCCAUAUGACAUGAAGAAAACCAAUUAAAUCAGAAUAUUCACCUGUACUGUAAAUGGCCUGUGUACCCCACCAAUCACAAUAAACAUAUACGACCACUGAUAUACACAAGAAAAGUUUUUGUACACUGUGUUUCUCAGAAUAAAUUUUGGCUGUCUAGCAUGUACUUCUCUGCUUUUGUUUUGUUUUUUUCUAAUUGUUUUUUUUUGUUCAACAGGCUGUACUUUUUUCAUUAACG